AUGACUGGUGGUGUUCACGUGAGAACAGCUGCUGCUGUCCGCACCGCGGUGUUGUGGGUGUCGCUCUGUAUGCUUCUGCAGCACCUGGGCCACCACCCGCAGUUCACGGCAGAGGCGGAGGGAAGUGUUCAAGUUAACAUUGUGCGGUAUUUCACACUUCCUCUCAGUGUAUUCGCCACUCUACCCGGUAAGACGGUCACUUACGGUAAUACCGUGACAGCGUGUAAUAUGAAUGGUGGAUUACUCCCCUCCGGUCAGUCAACUGCUGCACAAAAUGCCAUUACUGACCAGAUGAAGGCUGGGAUGGCCCAAUUCAGUAGUCUGGCAGUCACGUACAUGGGUGGGGAUGCAAUGUACAGCAUCAACUUUGAGCCGGACCCCACCAAAAGGUGCAAACGAGGGAAUCGUCUGGGUUCACUUAAUUGUGUGUACCAAUGGAACAGUGGACUUUUUGCACAGGGAACAGGUGACGGCAGAGGUGUUCCAUUUUACCGUGGCUCGUAUUAUUUUUAUGGAUCAGAACCAAUGAAUGGGUACACACCGUUCUGGCCUCCCAACUACCCUNGCGUGCACGCGAAGUCAAUGAUUAUUAUUAUGAUGAUGAUGACAUGGAUUUUGAAGACAGAGAUUCCUUGGCAAUGCCUGCCACCCCAUCGUGGUGCCAAGGUCCAGAACUUCGUAUUGUCGGAGGAAGCCAAGGGCCAGCGUCGUUUUUCUUCUGGAAGACCCGUUGGCCCUUAG